CCGCUACGCGGGGCGGUGCCGUGUUGUGCCGGUGCCGCUACGCGGGGCGGUGCCGGUGCCGUGCGGUGCCGUAUGAGCCGGUGAGGCGGCGGCGGUGCGGGAGGGAUGGCGGCGGGCGGCGGCGGCGGGGGGCGGCCGCCGGGCUCCGACCCCGCGCUGGAGCCCUACGUGCAGACCCGCAUCUUCAAAAUCAUCGUGAUCGGAGACUCCAACGUGGGCAAGACGUGCCUGACCUUCCGCUUCUGCGGGGGCACCUUCCCCGGCAAGACUGAGGCCACCAUCGGCGUGGACUUCCGCGAGAAGACGGUGGAGAUCGAGGGGGAGCGCAUCAAGGUGCAGGUGUGGGACACGGCCGGCCAGGAGAGGUUCCGGAAGAGCAUGGUGGAGCACUACUACCGCAACGUGCACGCCGUGGUCUUCGUGUACGACGUGACGAAGAUGAGCUCCUUCACCAACCUCAAGACGUGGAUCGAGGAGUGCAACGGGCACGCGGUGUCCCCGCUCGUCCCCAGGGUGCUCGUGGGGAACAAGUGUGACUUGAAGGACCUGAUCCAGGUGCCGUCCAGCCUGGCCCUCAAGUUCGCCGACGCUCACAACAUGCUUUUGUUUGAGACCUCGGCCAAGGACCCGCAGGAGAGCCAGAACGUGGACGCCAUUUUCAUGUGCCUGGCCUGCCGGCUGAAGGCGCAGCGCUCGCUGCCCUGCCGGGACGCCGAGGGCUGGCCGGGGCAGCCCCAGCCGCAGUCCCGCCGGCCGGACGAGGCCAGCGGGAAAGGCUCCUGCCCGUGCUGAGCGGGACCCGGCCCGGACCCCAAUAAAGGCUCUGAGCCCCCUG